AUGUAUGAGGCAAUGGAGUUGGAGCUGAAAUUGGUGAAUUUCUCGGCAGAUGACAUGGUACGACGCGAUCCCGAUCGAGGAAAUAAUCGAUUCCAACUUUGGCAGUUGAAAUCUCAUUUUCCUUUGAUAAAUUUUGAGCAAUACGUGAAAACAGUAUUCAAUGGAUUGGCGGACGUAUCACCGAACCAUACGGUAAUCAUCCGUGAAAUCGAGUAUUUUACAGGAAUUCAGCAUAUCCUGACCACAACUCCAAAACGUGUGAUUGCGAAUUAUGUGUCGUGGAGACUUGUUCAAGGAUUCUCCCCUUUUCUUCCUCCAACUGCACGAGAGCCAUUCUAUCAAUUCAAAGCCAAUCAGACAGGCAUGUUCAACAGUCCGCCACCGGAUAGGUGGGAAGAUUGUGUGACAUUGUCGGUGAUCAUGAUGGAUAUGCCAGUUGGGAAGCUGUUUGUUGAACAUUUCUUCGAGCGUGAGCGGGCUAUGGCAAAGAUGCAAGAGUUAACGGGCUUCCUGAAAGGCGAAUUCAUCAAGCAGCUGAACGUACUGGACUGGAUGGACGAGUCGACGCGACGGCGGGCAGUCGAAAAGGCCGGAAUGAUCGAGUACAAGAACGGAUUCCCCGAAGUGCUCUUUAAUGACACUUGGAUGGAGGAACAUUGGGGCAUUGUUAUAAAACCCACAGAGAAUACCCUGCUGCAUCUAACAAUUUCGCCAUUAAAGCUGGCCCGCUACGCCGAAGAAUUGAUGAGGCUUAAUCAAGCAUUGGAUAGGACAAUGUGGUAUCAGAGCCCAGCACAGGUGGAUGCGUACUAUGCUCCGAAUAACAACGAAAUGAUUUUCCCAGCUGGUAUCAUGCAGUUCCCGUUUCUCACUCUAGGCGUCCCCAAUUAUGUUACAUAUGGAAUGGUAGGAGCUGUAAUUGGACACGAAGUAUCGCAUGCAUUCGACGAUCAAGGAGGGCGAUAUGAUGAACUCGGCAAUCUUAAUGACUGGUGGGAUUCCAACACUGCUGAGAAGUUCACGGAAAAGACAAGAUGUUUCGUGCGACAAUAUAGCUCAGUAAAAGUAGCCGAAGCUGGUAUACACCUCAACGGACAACUGAGCUUGGGAGAGAACAUUGCCGACAACGGGGGUGUGAAAACAGCUUUCAACGCAUACAAAGCAUGGCGUUCGAACACCUCUAUGGAAGAACCGGCUCUACCUGGCUUUCAGAACUUCACCAGUGAACAAAUGUUCUUCCUCGCAUACGCUAAUAAUUGGUGUUCAGUAGUCCGACCUAAGCACUAUGUGCAGAUUAUCAUGACAGAUGUACAUGCUCCAAGCAAGUACAGAGCGACAAUUCCGCUUCAGAAUAGGAUCGAAUUCGCUGAAGCGUUCCAAUGUGCUCGUGGAACACCAAUGAAUCCCGAAAAGAAAUGUCAGGUUUGGUAG